GCCGACCGUCAUCGGCCAUCGCCCCUCCACAGUAGAAUAGCACCUACUCAAAACACCCUAAGCGCUUGCAGAGAACCAAAAAUUCCCAAUACCUCUCUCCCUCUCUCUCUCUCUCUCUCUCUCUCUCUCUCUAUUCGAACCCUAGAAAUCAGCGAGAAUGGAGGAACCUCAAAACGGCAACGACAGCGCGAAUAUGGAUGCGAAUGCAAACUCGGCACCACCAGACAGCGAGCAGGAGCCGACUAUUGGACCUGGUCCAGCUCCCAAAGCUCGCCCCAAGCGUCCUCUUCAGUUCGAACAAGCUUACCUCGACUCCCUUCCUUCUGCAAAUAUGUAUGAGAAAAGUUAUAUGCAUCGAGAUAUGGUUACCCAUGUUGCUGUGUCACCAGCAGAAUUUUUCAUAACUGGAAGUCUCGAUGGGCAUUUGAAAUUUUGGAAGAAAAAAGCUGUUGGGAUUGAGUUUGCCAAACAUUUUAGAUCCCAUCUUGGUCCCAUAGAAGGUUUGGCGGUUAGUGGGGAUGGCCAACUUUGUUGCACAAUUUCAAGCGAUCAGUCCGUCAAGGUAUAUGAUGUUGUCAAUUAUGACAUGAUGGUCAUGAUUCGACUACCAUUUAUCGCGGGUAGUGUUGAGUGGGUAUACAAACAGGGGGAUGUCAAAGCUAAGCUUGCUGUUAGUGAUCGAAACUCAUCAUAUGUAUACAUAUAUGAUGCAAAAGCGGGGACAAAUGAACCAAUAAUCUCAAGAGAGAUACACUUGGCCCCAAUUAAAGUUAUGAAAUACAACCCUGUAUUUGACACUGUGAUAUCUGCUGAUACAAAGGGAAUCAUUGAAUACUGGAAUCCUUCUACACUUCAGUUCCCAGAGAGCGAGGUGAAUUUUAGACUGAAAAGUGAUACAAAUCUAUUUGAAAUUCUGAAAUGCAAGACAAGUGUUUCCACUAUGGAGGUGAGCCCAGAUGGUAAGCAGUUUUCUAUUACAUCACCUGAUCGUAGGAUACGUAUAUUUUGGUUUAGAACUGGUAAACUGAGACGGGUUUAUGAUGAAUCUCUUGAGGUGGCACAAGAUCUUCAGAGAAGUGAUGCCCCCUUGUACCGGUUGGAAGCUAUUGAUUUUGGGCGAAGAAUGGCUGUUGAGAAAGAAAUUGAGAAAACAGAAAGUGCACCGCAACCAAAUGCUGUUUUUGAUGAAAGUUCUAAUUUUUUGAUAUAUGCAACUCUCCUUGGGAUAAAAGUAGUAAAUUUACAUACAAAUAAAGUCGCCCGAAUUCUUGGGAAGGUGGAGAACAAUGAUAGAUUCUUGCAGAUUGCGUUGUAUCAAGGUGAUCGGAGCAGUAAGAAAGUUAGAAAAAUUCCUGCUGCCGCGGUCAAUGUUAAUGAGAGUAAAGAGCCUUUAAUAGAUCCCACUCUCUUGUGUUGUGCUUUCAAGAAACAUAGGAUUUAUUUAUUCAGCCGGAGAGAACCAGAGGAACCUGAGGAUGCAACUAAGGGAAGGGAUGUGUUCAAUGAAAAACCUCCACCAGAUGAACUUUUGGCUGUGUCAGAUAUAGGAAAAGCAGUCACCACAUCUCUUCCCGACAAUGUGAUUCUACAUACCACAAUGGGAGACAUUCACAUGAGACUGUACCCCGAAGAAUGUCCAAAAACUGUAGAGAAUUUUACAACACACUGCCGAAAUGGCUAUUAUGAUAAUCUUAUCUUUCAUCGUGUCAUCAAAGGUUUCAUGAUACAGACUGGAGAUCCUUUGGGGGAUGGCACUGGUGGGCAGUCUAUUUGGGGAAGGGAGUUUGAGGAUGAGUUUCAUAAAAGUUUGCGGCAUGACAGGCCCUUCACAGUGUCAAUGGCAAAUGCAGGCCCAAACACAAAUGGCUCUCAGUUCUUUAUCACUACAGUUGCUACACCAUGGCUGGACAAUAAGCAUACUGUUUUCGGUAGAGUUGUCAAGGGAAUGGAUGUUGUCCAGGCAAUUGAGAAGGUGAAGACGGACAGGGCAGACAAGCCAUACCAAGAUGUAAAAAUCCUGAAUGUGACUGUCCCCAAGUCUUAGAAGAGAAAGAAACCCUUCCGUUGGUGAAUCUGUCUUGAUAUUGUCAGAGGUAAGAGAAAGAACUAUUUGUCAAUCAAGUCCUGCCUUGUUGGCAAAUCUGUCUAGAGUUUCUUUCUUCUUCUGCUGCCUUUAGCUGCUAGCUUAAUAACAAUUAUCAUAUGGUUUUGCCAAGCAGUUUACACUGCCAUGUUAGAUGAACAGAAAGGAAGAUUGCCAUAUUCUUUCCAUAGUCUGACAUUGUGCCUUCCAAGAGGUUUUGCGGUUCUUGGGAUUGUUACAGUUACCAGGUUGUAAUGAUGUAUGAGUAGUUAAAUGCAGUCCUUUAUGAAUUGUGGUCAAUUUUACAGGCACGUGCUUCUUUGUGGUAUUUUCACACAUUUCAUUGCUCUGAAUUGAAUCACCUUUCACCAAUGUUUGUGGUCGUAUAGUGUGUUGUUCCUAAUCCUAGAUCAUACUAGUUCAUUGAUAUCCUUUAACACCACCUAUAUUGGCAUAUGUUAUUAUUAUUAUUAUUAUUUUUUUUUUGGUGUAAUGAAAAGGUGUAAGCUUCUUGAGUAUAAAGUUUCUGGCUCUUCAAGCAAAGUGCACUUUCUAGGAAUUGAACCGGUGUUCUCACCCUUAUGGGAAUUGAGAUUUCUUACCAUCUUAAUCAA